CAAUAAAUUGUGCAGCAAAGGUUUUAGAUGGUGGAUAUUGGAAUGAGGUAAGGACAUUUUGAGAGACAGCAGCUUUUUUUAAUACAUCAUCGACGUUUCCUGCAAUGUGAGCCUGUUAGGACAGUUUUUAGGUAAUUUACAGAACUACUGUGUGUUUUAGCCACACUGCCUCCGCACAAGGCUACUGUGUAUUGGCUUGACUCUAAUGGCGCAUUCUGGUGGAGCACUACUAGGUUUUAAGAGUGUCGAUCCAAUGACAGGUAGGCUAAGCUGACCGAGAAACAUACGGUAUUUUGGGGAGACACAGCUGUCAGCUGCAGAAACAUGAACAGGUGGCUUCUCUAGAGACUUAGUCUAUGCGUCAAGGCGAAUGGACUUAACAGCUUGCCUCUUUCUCUAAUCUCCGGCUGACGACAGCAAUACUGACCCGAUGAUCAAAAUUAUGUUGACCAUAGCAGACUGAGAUUCAGGACCAGAUAACUUUGUGUUGUUUCAAGUGAGAGCCGCUGCUCGGUUCGACUUGAGUUUUAUUCAGCCGCAGAAAAUGUGCUCGCAUCUUGCAUUUGCCUGGAGUGUACUGUAGUUCUCGGUAGAUCCUCGUAGGUUUCCCUGCACGGUCACUGAGAUUGUGAUUUAGCCGGAAAAGGACCGAGGUCCCGAAGUGCAGCAUGUUUCCCGAAAUUAAUAACAAGUCUUCUAGACCAGAGGCCUUCCCCCACUCACACAGACUUCUGAACCAACAGGUAACCAACUAUUCACAGAAAUUUAACUCGGGCGUAGGGAGCUUGCCCCAGCUGGAGCCCCCGGUGAUACAGGUGGUUGUCAGCAAUGCCAAACUUCACCACCAGCAGUCUGAUAGCAUUCUGCCCCACAUUGCCAACAAUGGGGUGCAGAACAGCAACCAAACACACCAGGGUGAGAGACCAAAGCUCUCCUCCCAGUUUCCCACACGGUUUGGUUCCACAGUGGAGAACCUGUCUGAUCCCAUGGUGACUAAGGGCCUCAGCCACAAGCUGGAGGAGAAGCUGUAUGAAGGACAGAGGCUUCCUAUGUCUCCCACAGAGGCACUGAAGCAUUUCCAGGACCGUCUGACAGGGUUUGAGCAAGAGGAGAUCAUGGACUACUCAGAGAUUUGGUUCCUGGGUCUGAAAACAAAGAAGAUUGAGGGCUCCCAUGCGAUUCUUCAGAAUGCAGGCUACGACGAUGAGCAUGGCAGCUACAACAAGGUUCUGCACGACCACAUUGCCUUUCGCUUCGAGGUGUUGGAAGUGAUCGGGAAAGGAUCCUUUGGACAAGUCCUGAAAUGUUUGGACCACAAGACCCAAGAGCUAGUCGCCAUCAAGGUUAUUCGCAACAAAAAAAGGUUUCACCAUCAGGCCCUAGUAGAACUGAAGAUCCUGGAUGCUGUGAGGAGGAAAGACCGGGACAACUGCCACAAUGUCAUCCACAUGAAAGAGUACUUUUACUUCCGCAACCAUCUCUGCAUCUCUUUCGAGCUUCUAGGCGUGAACCUAUAUGAGCUUAUCAAGAAAAACAACUUCCAGGGUUUCAGCCUGGCCUUGAUUCGCCGUUUCACACACUCCCUGAUCAAGUGUCUGCAGAUGCUACAUAAAGAGAAGAUCAUCCACUGUGACCUCAAACCAGAGAACAUCCUCCUAUCUCAGAAGGGUCAAGGCAACAUCAAGGUGGUGGACUUCGGUUCUAGCUGUUACGAGCAGCAGAGAGUGUACACCUACAUCCAGAGUCGUUUCUACCGCUCCCCGGAGGUGAUCCUGGGGCUCCCCUACAGCACGGCCAUCGACAUGUGGAGCCUGGGCUGCAUCCUGGCGGAGCUCUACACCGGCUUCCCGCUCUUCCCCGGGGAAAGUGAGGUGGAGCAGAUUGCCUGUAUCAUGGAGGUACUUGGAAUGCCUCCCAAUGAUUUUGUGCAGGCAGCAUCGAGGAGAAGAUUGUUUUUUGACUCCAAAGGAAACCCCAGAAACAUCACAAACAGCAAAGGCAGGAAGAGACGUCCAAACUCCAAGGACCUGGUCAGUGUGCUGAAGACCACUGAUCCUCUGUUCCUGGAUUUCCUUCGACACUGCCUCACAUGGGAUCCAACCAAGCGUAUGACACCAGAUGAGGCAAUGCAACAUGACUGGAUCCAGGAAGCCCGGUUCAACAAGCUCAGGCCCAAAACACGACCCAUGAUGAGGAAGCCCAGUGAAAGCCUAAGCACAGAAAACAACUAUGAGGCCACUUACCGAAAAAUUGUCACUAACAGGACAGCCGAGAAAAUCAAGUCUGUGAGCAAUGACAAGCUAAUAAGAGACCCCCCCGCCAAGGAGGUGACAGCCGAGCGACUGCGUCCCAUUGGCGCGUCGGCAGAGGGGAAGUCGUGUGAGGGUGUGGCCAAGGUCAACAGGGACACCAAUCAGGAGGCGGUCGGUGGGAGGCCUGUGCACAUUGUCAUCAGGCCUCCGCUGGAUGUGGGUUCUGACGGAGCCCAGGAAGCGUCUCAGCGUCUGCCUGCCGUCAUGUAGCACCGCCGGGGACGGGGUCGGGCUGACAGCACUGGGCGUUCGGCAUCAUCCACAGGACUCGGGAUAAUGCAGGUGGUGUUCACGUCCGGAACUCCCUGCUGUGUGACAUUCAGGUGCUCUAUCGGGACUCACUCAACAGAGUUACCUUAGCCUGUUCUGUGACUUCUAUUGAAUGCACUGUCUACCUUUUUAACGGAGGAGAGGGCAGAUGGGUUGUUUUGCAAGGUACCACUCCUUUUGUGAACAGGGGUAAUUGUUGAUAAUUUUCUGAAUAAUGGUCAAUUUGCUGAAAUAUGGACACUCAGAAAUAGAGACACGACCAGUUGAAGGGAAAAAGCACCAUGCUUUUGUUAUGUUUUCUUUGUUUCCUCUACCACUCAGUCUAACCUAAAGGUACCUGUUGCACAUUGACUUCCUAGAAUAUAUUACUAUCCUCUUUUUUCUGUGUAAUUAUUCCCAAAAAGCUGUUCUGUUGUGCAAUAUUUUUGCAUGGCUUUCAAAAAAAACCUGUGUAAUACAAUAAACAAUCAACAGAAUAGCUAGUCAAUUUCUUAAGGCAGAGCCUCCCCCCAAACAUAUUCACUACUAAUCUUUCAGCUCAGUUGUACCCUGUAGGAAAAUAAAUGUCCUGAAUCAUUAUUACAUUGAAAAUGUUGAUAUAUAAUAGUGCAAAAAAAUAUUUGUAAUGGCUUGUUUUCCCUGUACAGUAUAUACCUGCAGUGAUUUUCAAUGUAUGGAAAUACAGUAUCGUGUAUGUUACUUUUAAUACAGUAUCGUGUAUGUCUUUUUAAAAUGUAGACAAGGUUUUACUUGUUGAGGUUUUUCAUGUAUUAUCUAUGUAUAAAGGAAAAGAAACAUUUUGUACUCUAUUAUGUUUUUGUUCUUUUUUUAACUAUUAGACAGUUUUUUAACUAUUAGACAACCCUUUGAUUAAUAGUUUGUGCCUUGCAGUGUUAGAGUGCUUGCACUUUAUCUCUGUUUGUACCUGUGAUAAAAUACUGUGAGAUUCUCCACACAAAAACACUAUAUCAGUCAAAGUUAUAUAGAGCAUAUAGCAUUAUAUAACAACAAUGUACAGAGUUUUCCACUAAUGUCACAUUAUGUAUAACAAGGCUAUGUUAAACCGAAAAACAAGCUAGACAAAGUAGAGACACGCUAAUUACUGUGUCUUAAUUGGGUAACUACAUUGAAAUGAAUUGAUUGUGAAAGAAUAUCAGGAUUCAACUAAAAUGUUAGUGGAAUCAGUCUUCUCAUUGUGAAAUAAAAUAGUUUUUUCAACCUGAA